AUGUCCGCCUUCUGCUUGGGCUUGGCCGGCCGCGCUUCAGCACCCGCCGAGCCGGACAGCGCCUGCUGCAUGGAGCUGCCCGCCGCGGCCGGGGACGCAGUCCGGAGCCCCGCCGCCGCCGCCCUCGUCUCCUUCCCCGGGGGCCCCGGAGACCUGGAACUGGCGCUAGAGGAGGAGCUGGCGCUGCUGGCGGCCGGGGAGCGGCUGUCCGACCCCGGGGAGCAUUCUCAGGCCGAGCCCGGGCCUCCGGCCGAGGGGGCCGCCCCGCAGCCGCCGUCCGCCCAGGACCCAGAGCUGCUGUCGGUGAUCCGGCAGAAGGAGAAGGAUCUGGUGUUGGCGGCCCGGCUGGGCAAGGCGCUGCUCGAGAGGAACCAGGACAUGAGCCGGCAGUAUGAGCAGAUGCACAAGGAGCUGACAGAUAAGCUGGAGCACUUAGAACAAGAGAAACAUGAACUGAGAAGACGAUUUGAGAACCGAGAAGGAGAGUGGGAAGGGCGAGUGUCAGAACUGGAGAGUGAUGUGAAACAGCUACAGGAUGAGUUGGAGAGGCAGCAAGUUCAUCUGCGGGAAGCAGAUCGAGAAAAAACACGGGCUGUCCAGGAACUAUCAGAACAGAACCAAAGGUUGUUGGAUCAACUCAGCAGGGCAUCAGAAGUGGAGAAACAACUCUCCAUGCAGGUCCACGCCCUCAGAGAAGACUUCCGGGAGAAAAACUCGUCAACCAACCAGCACAUCAUCCGGCUCGAGAGCCUUCAGGCCGAGAUCAAGAUGCUGUCAGAUCGGAAACGGGAGCUGGAGCAUCGUCUCAGUGCCACCCUAGAGGAGAAUGACCUGCUGCAAGGAACCGUGGAGGAGCUGCAGGACCGGGUGCUGAUCCUGGAGAGACAGGGCCAUGACAAAGACCUACAGCUGCACCAAAGCCAACUCGAGCUCCAGGAGGUACGGCUCUCCUACCGACAGCUGCAGGUGAAGGUGGAAGAACUCACUGAGGAGAGGAGUCUGCAGAGCUCUGCUGCCACCAGCGCGUCCCUGCUGUCAGAGAUUGAGCAGAGCAUGGAGGCCGAGGAGCUGGAGCAAGAGAGAGAGCAGCUGAGACUGCAGCUCUGGGAAGCCUACUGCCAGGUUCGCUAUCUUUGCUCACACCUUCGAGGAAAUGACAGCGCGGACUCGGCCGUCUCCACGGACUCUUCAAUGGACGAGUCUUCAGAAACCUCAUCCGCCAAGGAUGUGCCAGCCGGCAGCUUGCGCACUGCCCUCAACGAGCUCAAGAGGCUGAUACAGAGCAUUGUGGAUGGCAUGGAGCCCACGAGCUCCCGGAGAAUUGAUGAUGACUCCUUAGAAGAACAGAUAAGGCAGACCAGUGAGGACUCGAGAGCCCUAAGGGAACUCAUGGAGGGAGAGAGGGGUAAACUGAGGCAAAGCCUAGAAGAGCUGCAGCGACUCCACAGUCAGGUGACACUGCUGAGUGUGGAGAUGACUGCGCUGAAAGAGGAGAGAGACCAACUCAGAGUGACAUCCGAGGACAAGGAGCCAAAGGAGCAGCUUCAGAAGGCCAUCAGGGACCGGGACGAGGCCAUUGCAAAGAAGAACGCCGUGGAGCUGGAACUCGCCAAGUGCAAGAUGGACAUGAUGUCUCUGAACAGCCAGCUGCUGGACGCCAUCCAGCAGAAGCUGAGCCUCUCUCAGCAGCUGGAGGCCUGGCAGGAUGACAUGCACAGGGUCAUUGACCGGCAGCUGAUGGACACGCACCUGAAGGAACGGGGCCGGCCUGCCGAUACCUUCUGCCGGGGCCACAGCACAGGGCGGGGGGACGAGCCCGGCCCCAUGGAAGGCAAACGGCUCUUCUCAUUCUUCAGGAAAAUCUAAGUUGAGAAGAGCUGGGCCCCUGAGGAUGGACAGACUGGACGUGGCUGAGAAGGCGGCACAGCCAAGGGCCUCCUUUGUCCUGGGGCUCAGCCUACCUGUGCUGCGGUCCGAUCAGUCCGGGAGGGCCUGCACUCUUUGGUCGAGGAUGGAGACCAAGAGCAGGGGCCCUGCUGUGGCCUCGGAAGGCUGCUCUCGACCCACGGACGGGCAGGAGCCCUGUCCUCACCACCCGGCCAAGCCCAAGCCUGGGCUCCCCCAGAUCCUGUUACAGAGUAGGGCUCAGACCACCUCCCAGAGCAGCCCCUUAGGGCUGUGCUGCUCAGAGCGGUGAAUUGCGGCCCACGCCGCAGGCACCGCUGCCACCUGUCUUAGGUGGCAGGGAGCAGAACAGAGGGAUGCCCUUCCCAGCAUGCCUCAGGUCUGCGCCUCAAAGGCCUCGGCCUCCAUUCCUGCCCAGGCCCUGACCCAGGGAGUCCAGUGGAGGAGGCGGCCCCUCACCCACGUGCAUGCACCUCUGCAGGCAGGAGGCCACACCUGAGGCCUCAGAGCCUAAGAGCUGGGGAUGCCUGGGCUCAGCUGAGGCCUCCCGAGCCACGGGGAGAAGGGCCCUGGCCACUGGCUCCCCUCCCCAGCUGCCUGAAGUGCAGCCUCACCCCGAUGCAGGGCCAGGCCAGCAGUGUGUGCCACAGGUCCUUGUUGGGCCAGGGCCGGGAGGGUCUUGGCCUCCCCACUGUGGCCUCCUACCUUUUCAUGCCACUUCCUGGCGCUGCCGAGCAAGCCCAGGCCACAGAAUGGUCCCAGAGGGAUCUGUGGUCCGCCGCCCCACACCUCGAGGGCAGUGUUGGCACCACUGCUGGGCACCUCCUGACACUGCCCACCAGGCCUGGAGGGACCAGGCCUGUACCCUGCUGCUUCUGCUCCUGGCGCGGCAGCCACUCCACCUCUGCACGGGCCCGGCACCGUCAGCUGCUCACCACUGAGUCGGUCUCCCUCCCUCCCGGGGAAAGCACAGCAGGGAAGAGCGGAAAGAAUGUACCUAUAGAUAUGUACAUACCAUAGUGCUGGGAUUUUGUAUGUAGCAACCGUGUAAAUACAUGUAUGGAUUUUAUAAUAUACAUAUAUAAAUCUAUAAAGGCAUAUUUUUAGAUAAACAGCGCACCACUGCUUCUUUUGAAAAUAGUCUGAAUAAGAAUAAAAAGUU